AUGUCCGAGUUCGAAGCGUCGCCCAAGGCGUCCAACCACAAUGAUGUUAUUCCCAAAGAGAAGGCUAACAGUCUCCAGCCGUCAUCAUCGACUGGAGAAGCGGGUGUGGGACAGAUAGAAGAGACCAGGAAUGGUCAAUUCCAUCGAUCCUUUUCACCCCGUCAAGUCCAUAUUAUCUCUUUAGGCUCCAACAUCGGAAGUGGUGUCUUUAUUGCCACCGGCAAGGCCCUAGCCACUGGUGGCCCGGGCAACAUGCUCAUCGCUUACACAAUGGUGUGCACUUGUGUUUGGGCGGUUCUGCAGUCACUUUCAGAAAUGACAAUCGCAUUCCCGGUUUCUGGAAACUAUAUCGACUAUGCAGAUCGAUGGGUUGACCCUGCUCUGGCUUUUGGUGCAGGGUUUGCCGAGUGGCUUGGCUGGACGGCUAUUGUUGGUUCUGAGGCAGGGUUUUUCAACGUCCUGGUUCAAUAUUGGGCCGAAGGGUCCAUACCGCUAGCUGCUACGAUAACAAUAUUCUUGGUCGCCUGUUUGGCUAUCUUCGCUUUACCAAACAAAGUCUUUGCUUGGUUUGAAUAUGUAACAUCCAUCAUCAAAAUCGUGAUAUUCCUCAUCAUCAUCGUGCUUUCCCUAGCCCUCGUUCUCGGAGCUGGACCCAAUGGCUCUAUGCACCGCGGAGACACCUGGACAGAACUUCCGCCCUUCCUCAACGGAUUUUCAGGGUUCGCCAACUGUGCUAUCCUUGCAGUGUGGGCAGUCGGCGACCAAGUGUUCAUUGGUAUUAUGGGAGGCGAAGCCAAAAGUCCCCGAUUCUCUAUGGCUCAUGCCACAAAACUUGUACCUUUCCGAGUCAACUUCAUUUAUGUGAUAAGCGUUGUAUUUAUUACAGUGCUGGUUCCAUCGGACGAUGAUCGCCUUCUCGGAGGUAGCGGCGUCGCAGCUUCGCCUUUCGUCAUCGCCGUUCAGGAUUCUGGCAUCCCGGGAAUUCCCUCUGUCCUGAACGCCGGAAUGAUUUGUGGUGUACUUGCUAUUGCUGCUGAAGGUGUAUAUCUAGCCUCCAGAGUGCUGAGAAGCAUGGCUCACCAGAAGCUCAUUUGGGAAGGCCUUGCUAAGGUAGAUUCCAAGGGGCGUCCACGGAUGGCACUGAUGAUCACUUGCCUAAUCGCAGUUGUCUUGUCAUACAUCCAAAUUGCUGCUGGGGGUCUCACUGUUUUGAACUGGUUGAUUUCAAUCACCAGUGCGUCUUUCUUUACCAAUUGGAUUAUCAUCUCUUUUGUCAACUGGCGCUUCCAUCGUGCUCUGAAAGCACAAAAUGACCCGCUUUUCACGGAAGUUUACGCCUGGAGAUCCUCAUGUUGGCCGCUUGCACCAGCAUGGCUCAUGCUUAUCUCGGUGUUCCUCUUGGUUUGCUGUGUAUUCUUGGGCAUUGAACCACCCGGUGGCGAUGGGUUUAGUGCAUCAAACUUUUUCCAGUACAUCCUUGGGUUGUUGCUAAUCGUCACCUUCACCAUUGGAUACAAGGUUAUCUAUCGCACUCCUUGGAGGGAUCCAAGAACGGCAGACUGCAAGACUGGUCGACGUCCUUUGGGCCCUGACGAGAUAGCUGUGCUCGACAAGUACUAUAGACAGCCGGCCUGGAGGAGGUUCCUGACCUACGUCCAGAUAUGGUAA